AACCUUCUCUCACUAGUCUGCGUGCUAGGGUGCAUCAUCGCGCUCUGAACUCGGUCAUCUGCUUUCUACAAACUUCACGGACGACUUCUUUUCCAAAUAAGCUCUCAGCAUCUUGGCGAUUCAUCUUGGAUGCAUUUGUUCUCCUCACCGUAGGCAGUCGAGUGUGGUGUAUCCUGGUCAUUCACGCAAAUACGUCUAGUCCAGAUACACACACCUCGCCUCUGACUCACUGAAUCUCUCUGCACCGUUCUGGGUGUCUACGCAACCGAUUCAUGACAGAAUUUUGCCUCGUUGUCGUCGCAAUUUAUAGCGCGCCACUCUCACAUAUGGGCAUGUUAAAUGUCGCGUCCCGACUCCAUCCGUGCGCGCCACUCACCAUCACCGUCUCGCACUCUCUACGAUAAUCCGAUCGCACCUCGUCCAAGCGUGACCUCGAUCCGGAUCCGUAGAGACCAAGGACGGAUUACCCCUGUCACCGAAUGCCAAAGUAGAAUGGAAACACCAGUAGAUGCUGGCGAGGACGAGACAAAGAUAAGCAUGGUAGAGAAGGAUUAGAUUUUCUGUGCGCUCGGCGGGUGCGUUCUCAUUCUCCCUCCACUUUUUGUGCCACAAUAAGCUCGCGUCGCAGUCAACUUCGUAGCGAGUACGAUGAACGUACCUACGAUCGGCUAUGCUUCGACCUGCUUAGGUAGUCCCGUUCUUUGGCCUGGACGUCUCUAACCACCAUGGCUGUCCCACGCCGCUCCAUCCGUCAUUGGUACCAUCCUCUCAUCGACCUCACGCCACCUACCCACCGAAAUGCUCGCCAAAUCGUUAUUCAAUGUACCACCAAUCGCGUCCCUGUGGUAUUCCCAGUCAUGCAUCGAUGAACUGCCGCUCAAUAUUGCCGCUGCAGUAACGAUUACGAGACCUACAAGCCGGCGGAGUGGAAGGUAUGACCUUAUUUCGUACCGAGAUCGAAGAUCUGGGCCUACUGGAAGCUAAGCGUUUUUUUGGAAACACUGGGAGUAUGGAGUUGAAAAUCGGUGGCGAGCGCAGGCACAUCGUCGAAGUCGUAAACGGUGUCGAGGGGGUCAUCUGGUCUUCGUUAUCGAUCUAUGGGGCUCAUCGUCAUAUCCCUCAGGCCUGCUCGAGUCCCACCACAACUUGACCCUCCGACUGCUUGUCGUCUGUCAUAGGCGGCAGGUAGUAGUGGCUUGGGGCGUGCAGAGGAGCUCGAGACGAAACAGUCGAACGAAGUGCGCGUAUAGUGACACUUUAAUUCAGAGCCACGGCCUGCAAGAAGUAUUGUCCCCGCUCGUUUUUCUCGCCGCUACAGAACCUCACAGCGAGCGAUGGCUCAAUCUGAAGUGUCCCAUAUCGGAGGUUUCUAGGCCUAUAUCCUAUUUCGGUCUUCUGAUAUGCCGGAUCACCACGAGUGGCAGCUCUAUAACGUACGCAUCGACCUGUAUUAGACGCUGCCGCAGGCCUGGUCAAGGGACCCAGACGACCCAGAUAAUUGCCGAAAAACAUCGAAUAUGGUGCUACUGAGUUACGCUGGUUCUAAGGCCUAGAAACCCACUUGAAGGAGCUGGUGGCGGGUUUUGGUUUGACGAUGGGUGGGGCGACGGGUCGUGUCGAAGCUUGAGGUUGGAGCGGUGCGGAAGCCACUUGUGUUUGACAGUCGUGAGGUCGUAGUGGGCUGAUGCUGGCGUGGCAGUCAAACCUGUAGGGGGACGGGCGUGUGCGCGUUAUCAUUCCUUAUCGUGUCCCGCUAUUCCGUCAUGUGGUGCAGGUUGACUGUUUUCGUUCUGAUUACUGAUGGGGGCGGUUCACUUUCCACAAUUAGCUCACCCAGUCGUUCGCCACCCAAUCCGUGAAAAAGUCCCAAUAAUUGUUAUAAUACCUUUUACACUCUCAUCGCAUGUGUCUUAUACACCGCUUCA